AUGGAAAAAAGCACUUUGCAUAGAAGAAUCUCUCCUCUUCUAUACUUCCUGUUCAUCUUCUCUGCACUAUUCAUCCAAGCAGAAGCAAAAGAAAAUAAGAAAAGAUGCAAUUGUCCAAGAGAUUGUUCUCACAUAUUUGGCAGGGUAGGGAGUGUGAUUGAUCAAAGUUCUCGUGUCGGAAAGGAGCAGCAAAUUGCCAUUCAAAUGGCUGUCAAUGACUAUACUCAGUGGUUGAAUUGUUCAAAGUUGGAUUUGCUCAUUAAAGAUACAAAUGGAAAGUUUGCUCGAGCAGCUUCCACUGCAAUUGACCUUGUCAAGAAAAAAAAUGCACAAGCAAUUAUUGCAGCAUUAACAUUGGAAGAAGCCACUCUUCUCUCAGAAUUCGAAGAAGUCAGCACCACCCCCAUAAUCACCAUUGGCUCAGCAGCCAUUUCUCCAUCACAGCUAUUUCCUCAACCAUCAUCUGUUUUCCAGCUCAAUACUGAUAUCUCCAUUCAAAUGCAAUGCGCUGCAGAAAUUAUAGGACAUUUCAGGUGGCGAAGAGUCACAGUCAUAUAUGAACAAAGCAACAACUUCUACUCGGAUUCUAGACUAAAGAAACAACUUUCUGAGUCACUAAAAGAUUUCAGUUCUUCUGUUGAAUUUGAUCUAGCUUUUCCUUCCCUAACCUCUUUACGAGAACCUGAAACCUUCAUCCAAGAAGAGUUGAAGAAACUCAAAAGCAAAAGAAAUGGGAUUUUUUUACUAAUGCAGUCGUCUUUGGAGUUCUCUACAAUUCUUUUUAAGAAGGCUAAGAAAAUGGGACUCAUGGAAAAAGGUUAUGCAUGGAUUAUGUUCGAAGAUGUUGUUAGUCUUCUCGAUUCUCUUGAGCCAUCUUCUUUAAGAAAUAUGCAAGGGGUCAUCGGAUUUAAGACGAAUUUUGUAGACUCUAGCAAAUAUUUUCAAGAUUUUAAAUUCACGUUUCGAAAAAAGUUCAGGUCAUCAUAUCCUGAAGAAGAACAUCCAAAUCCAAGCAUGUAUGCUCUUCAAGCAUACGAUGCUACUGCGGUCAUUGCAAAAUUCUUGCAAAAUUCAAAAGGAAAAAUGAACUCAGGUGAAUUGAUAAAGUAUAUUUCGUCUAGUAAUUUUGAAGGUCUUAGUGGAAAAAUCAGCUUCAAGAACCAGAAAACAUUACAAAAUACGACAUUUCAGAUCAUUAACGUGAUUGGAAAAAGUUAUAGACAAAUAGCAUUGUGGUCACUUGAGCAUGGCUUCUCCACAGAUUUCAUAGAUCAUAAGAGAAAGGGUACCAGGAAAAAGGGAAAAAACUGCAAUGAAUUGGCGUCAAUUUACUGGCCAGGAGGUGAGCAAACAGUUCCAAAGGAAUCCGAAUUGAAAAUCGGAGUACCUGCUAUGGCUGCUUUCCAUCAGUUUGUGCACGUGAGCUCUGACCAAGUACAAAAUCGAACAUUCAGCGGAUUUUCCCUUGAUGUUUUUGAAGCUGCAAUUAAGCUACUUCAGUAUCAUUUGCCCCAUGUUUUCGUUCCAUUUCCUGGCACCUACGAUGAGCUGGUUAUUGCAGUUUCUAAUAAGUCCUUGGAUGCAGCAGUCGGUGACACGAAUAUAUUGGAACAUCGAUAUCGUUAUGCUGAUUUUUCACUACCCUAUCUGGACACUCAAAUUGUUAUGGUAGCACCUGCACAUAAAGAUUUGAAACGGCAAGGAUUCAUUUUUGUGGAGGCCUUUGAAUGGAAAUUGUGGGCGGCGCUGGCAGCAUUGAGCCAAUGCACGGCAGCCAUUAUUUAUUUCAAUGAGAAGGUGAACGGCAAUACAGAGUUUGCAGAUUCGUUUCCUGAGAUGAUUGGCUCCAUUCUUUGGCUUUCUAUCACUCUUCUAUCAUUUGCACAUAGAGAAUCUAUCAGAAAUAAUCUAUCGCGACUGAUGCUUGCAGUAUGGUUGUGUGUGAUUGUGGUUGUAACAGCAUCUUAUACUGCAGUUCUGAGUUCUAUGAUGACAGUUCCAAGGUUGAAACCAUGUAUAGUAGAUAUUGACUAUCUUAAGAAUACUAAUGCAACUGUUGGAUGCAACGGAAAGGGUUUCGUCGUGAAGUAUCUCACCGAUAUUUUGACAUUCAAUGAAGCAAACAUCAAAAAAAUUGCUUCUAGCAGCGACUACCUGGAAGCUUUCGAAAAGGGGCAGAUUUCUGCAGCAUUCUUGAUUAGUCCACAUGCGAAAGUAUUCGUUGCAAAAAAUAAACGCUACGUCAUGGCAAAACCUAGCUUCGAAGUUGGAGGCCUUGCUUAUAUGUCGUAUGUUGAGAAAAAGCUUUUAAUGUAA